CAUAAGGGAAUUGGCCCAGACCUGUUUAUCUUUAAAGCAGCGGUCUAGACCAGCAAUAGUGUCGCCGAUUUAGGGAACUGCUCGCCGGAUAACAAGCAGUCGGCAACACGGGUUUGAAGGUGCUUAUGAUUUGAGCCAAAUUUGGAUUUAUCCAGCAAACAAACUGAACACUGAGAACCCGAGAUGCACAAUUAUUAAAUGAAGAGAGAAGAGAAAACAUUGGUGUUCACUGUUGUUGUUCUUGUGUAAGGUCGAAGAAUGGCGUUUCAGGGAUUCGGGAAGAAUACAGGUCCUAUUGGUCCUCCAAAAGCUCAAACCCCUUUUGGGACUCCUUGUCCUCCUCCUUCUACCUUCCCUCCAUCUCCCAGACCCAGUGAGACUCUUCCUAAAUGGGGCUAUGGGCAAAAAUACAUCUACCAUGAUUAUGAUGCCCAAGCAAACCAACAGUCUCCUGAAAUAGUGCCACCUUUAGCUUCAGUGUAUGCUGAAAGUACCCUCUCUGCUAGUGGUCCCCAAGUUCAAGAUUUCAGAAGAACUGGGCCACGUACUUCAUUUCCUUCUGGUGCAGAUAUUUUGGGAGCCUCCAGGACCAUGAGGGGAAGUCGUUCAGAUUUGAUAUUCAGUGAUCAGGGCCGAUUUGUUACCCAGCAAAAUCAACCAUCUCCAUUGUUUCAGAACACGAGUCCAUCGGUUCCCCAGAGUACAAGGUCACCUCCGUUAGCUUUUCAGAGUCCAUUGGUUCCCCAAAGUACAAGGUCACCUCCGUUGGCUUUUCAGAACAAUCUUUACAUAGAUGGCGAACAUUUGGCUCAGCGGCCUUCUCUGCCCCCUCAGAUGCGGGGCAACUCAUCCCAGUCGCUUCAAACCUUUCCAAUCCGAUUACCUCAGCAAAGGAUGCCCUCGAUUCCAACAAAUUACGAUCCUGGAAGACAGAUUCCAGUGAAGCAUACAGAUCAAGUCUCAAAAAGAACGAGGUCACCACCUCUUUCACCUCCUGACGGCGCAUCUUUUGAAAAAUCAGCUCUUGGUCUACGUGAAUCCAAAAGGCCAUCUACCUCUCCUUCCAAAUUGAGGUCAAAUGGUCCUCCUGACUCUCUAGCUCCCCAAAAGUCCUCAAAGCCUGGAUGUAGUGUCAAUGUUGAAGUUGAUCCAAGUAAUCCAGUGAACUUUCCAGUUCCUAAGAGGACCAAGUUUCCUUCCAUACCUUCAUCUGAUCAGGUUCUUCAAUAUGAAUCCAAUCAUGCAUAUGAUGAUAUUCAACGAGAAACUGAGGCCAAGGCAAAGCGCUUAGCUCGUUUCAAGGAUGAUCUAAGCCACAAUGUGCGAGAUGAUUCUAGUAUUCAUCAUCAGUAUCAAUCUGUUGUGGACAGACCAAAAUUUGCUCCAGAAGAUAGUGUAGAUUCAGCUGAUGAUUUCUCAGAUGGCAGUCUGCUCUCUGAUUAUCAAGGCUCAGAGUCAUCCGGUGUCAUAAUUGGGUCAUGUCCUGAUAUGUGUCCAGAAUCAGAAAGAGCAGAACGAGAAAGGAAAGGAGAUCUUGACCAAUAUGAACGCUUGGAUGGAGACAGAAAACAAACCAGUAAAUUCCUUGCUGUCAAGAAGUACACCAGGACAGCUGAGAGGGAAGCUCUGCUCAUACGUCCGAUGCCAAUCUUACAGAAGACGAUGGAUUAUCUUUUGAAUUUGCUAGAGCAGCCGUACGAAGAAAGCUUUCUUGGCUUGUAUAACUUCUUAUGGGACAGGAUGCGGGCAAUCCGUAUGGAUUUGAGGAUGCAACAUAUUUUCAACCAUGAAGCUAUUAAUAUGCUGGAGCAAAUGAUAAGGCUCCAUGUAAUCGCCAUGCAUGAAUUAUGUGAAUACACGAGAGGAGAGGGGUUUUCAGAGGGAUUUGAUGCACAUCUCAAUAUUGAACAGAUGAACAAAACAUCAGUUGAAUUAUUUCAAUUGUAUGAUGACCACCGGAAGAGAGGAAUAAAUGUGGAAACUGAGAGAGAAUUUAGAGGUUAUUAUGCACUUUUAAAGCUUGAUAAACAUCCAGGAUAUAAAGUUGAACCUGCAGAGCUUUCGCUUGAUUUAGCAAAGAUGACACCAGAUAUGCGGCAAACACCAGAAGUUCUCUUUGCCCGUGAUGUGGCAAGGGCCUGCAGGACCGGUAAUUUUAUUGCUUUCUUUCGGCUUGCAAGGAGAGCUAGCUAUCUUCAAGCUUGCUUAAUGCAUGCUCAUUUCUCAAAGUUACGGACCCAGGCCCUAGCUUCUUUACACUCUGGCCUGCAGAAUAGCCAAGGAAUCCCUGUUGCCCAAGUUGCCAAAUGGCUUGGGAUGGAGGAAGCGGACAUAGAAGGCCUUCUUGACUAUUAUGGUUUCUCAUUAAAGGAGUUUGAAGAACCAUAUAUGGUGAAGGAAGGUCCAUUUGUGGAAAUUGACAAUGACUAUCCUGUCAAGUGCUCAAAACUUGUCCAUAAGAAAAAAUCAAGGACAAUAUUCGAGGAUGUUUCAGCUCCGCAUGUUGUAUCAGUGUUGGAAAAAGAAACAGAACCCCUGUUAGAUAAGGACCAACAGCAAAAACCUGCAGCUCUUCAAUUUGUCGAGCCUGAUAGUUCUCCACUGUCCAUUGAGGAGGACAUGCCUGAUUAUGAAACUGUUUCAUCUCCAAAAUAUGAGUUAAAGGCGAUUCCAAUUACUAAAACAGAAUUUUAUCAGAAGAUCAGACAUGAAAGUCCACAGGCUCCUCCUAGUCAUGCGGUGUCAAGUCUGCCGGCUCCUUCCAGUCCUUCGGUAUUCUUUCCUCAUAUUUCCCCUGAGAUUCAGCAGCAAGCUAGAGUUGGGAGUGCAGAAAAUCCUGAAGUGCAGCUGCAAGCAAGAGUUGGGAGUUCAGGGAAAUCUAAAAAUGAUGAAGUUGCACAAUUUGGUGCAACAAGUAUGUCCAUUCAAUUCAUAGAUGCCAGAGAUGAGCAGGAGAGCUCUCCAGUUUUUCCAGCUAAUUAUCUUGUAGAAGACACAGAGUUGCAGCACAUGUUGGAUGAAGAGAAUGGAGAUGAAGAACUGGUGGUCACCGGCGAGGAAGCUGAAACUAAUGAACCAGCAGCAAGUUAUUAUGACGAAGAAGUUGCUGAGGCAAAAGUUAAACUGAUCAUCAGGAUAUGGAAGCGACGUUCUUCAAAGAAAAGGGAGAUGCGAGAGGAGAAACGGUUAGCAUCUAAAGCUGCUCUGAGUUCGCUCUCUCUUGGAAUUCCAAUGUGGCCCAACAGAACUCAACAUAGCACAUCAGCCGAGUUCAACAUUCAUCGUGCUGUCUCAAAAUGGUACCGAACUCAGGAAAGAUCAUGGUCAAGGCUGAAUGUUUCAGAUGUAGUUGCCACCACACUCCAUGAAAAGAAUGCAGCUGCCAGAUGCCUUUGCUGGAAAGUAAUUAUAUGUUGUCAGGAUAGUAUAGACAAUCAAAAUGCCGUGGACCAGUUGAAUGCCAAGUCAUGGUUGCUUUCCAAGCUCAUGCCUGCCAGAGACGAAGAAGAUGAUACACUUAUAACAUCUCCAGGCCUCUCUGUUUGGAGAAAUUGGCUUCUUAACCAAUCAGGCGGGGACCUUAUUUGUUGUUUAUCAGUUAUCAAGUAUACUAAUUUUGAGAAUCUGAAUGAGACAGUUGCAGGUGCAAGUGCGGUUCUCUUCCUGUUGUCAGAAGGUAUCCCGUGGGAUCUUCAGAAAAAUCAGUUUCAUAAGCUGUUAAUGUCAGUACCUCCUGGUUCUCAUUUACCCCUUUUGAUCGUAAGUGACCUGUGCAAGGAAAAUGUAGAUCCUUCCACAAUAGUAAAAGAACUGGAGCUACAUGAAGUCCAUGAAUCAAGACUUCAUUCCUUUAGUGUUGUUUACCUAAAAAACCAGCCGAGGAUGGAACAGUUGAAUGGGUUUUUCAGCGAUGAGCAAUUAAGAGGAGGACUAAAGUGGCUGGCAAGUGAAUCACCACCACAACCAGUUCUCCAGUGUGUAAAAGUCCGAGAACUGGUUCUCUACCACUUGAAUUCUUUGCUUGGUGAAAUGAAUGCUUAUGAUGUGGGUCCAAACAAUUGUAUCUCAGCCUUUAACGAGGCCUUGGAUCAGUCAAUGAGGGAAAUAGCUGCUGCAGCUCAUGCAAAUCCUACCUGUUGGCCCUGUCCUGAAAUAGGUUUGCUGGAGGAAUCUAGCCAUGAGUACCAAGCUGUGACCCAACACUUGCCAAGGCUGGGAUGGAGCUUAGCUCCAAGAAUUGAACCAGUUGUGUGUGCAAUAUCUGACUGCAAAUUUCCAUCUUUUCCAGAUGAUAUAUCUUGGUUACAUAGCGCGGAUGUUAAAAACCAAAUAUUACAAUUUCAAAGUUGUCUAAUAAAGUACUUCACAGAGAUUAGUAAGUUGAUGGUAUUGCCACUUGCAGAAAAAGAGGCAACUGUUAUGCUGCAGAAGUUUGUGCAGCUUCAAUUCCAGAACUCACGCUACUACAUUGUACCAAACUGGGUAAUGAUUUUCCGACGGGCAUUCAAUUGGCAGUUGAUGAAGUUAGUUAAGGAGACAUCUUUCUCUGUAUAUACCCUGAUAGAGCAUGAUUUUUCCACUUCAAUGCUUGGAGCUGUGGAACUUGAAGACUCUCAUUACCAUUUGUCACAUCCAUCUCUUGAUGAAAUGGUUGAAGCUGGACAGAUGCUUCUUCCUGGAUGUGCUAUGUUUGACAGGCAAGGAAGAGCUUUCCAACCUUAUCCAGGUAUGGCUUCACAUAGUGAAGAAAUUCCUACAACCACUGAUGCAGGCGAGGAAAUAGACUAUGGAAAGGAUGUUGGACAUGAUGAAUUUGUAAAAGCCAGUUAUAAUACAAUGAAAGAUUUAAAUGAGAGUCAAAGUGAACCUCUGGUGGCCAUUAAGGAAACUGACAAACUUGGUGAAUUACUGGAGAGGUGUAAGAUUAAGCAGAAAAUGAUAGAUAAAAACUUGUCAGUAUAUUUUUAAUGCAUUACUUUUUCUCCCUCGCUGAAAAUCUGUUGUAUGUGUGUUGUAUCUUUUUGUAUUAUGAAGGGUCUAGCUUUAUGUAUCCUUGGAAGGGUCCUGGAAUUUUGCUCUUACUGUUAUUUUUAAAUGGGACGAUCGUAAGAGCUGAAGAAUUUGUGCAUUCUUCUCCUCCUUUUACUC